AUGUUAGACGAUGGCUACACACCAUUCAAAGGAAUAUUCACACAACUCAAAGAAAUAUUCAUAGCAGUGGGAAAAACAGAAAAAAUGUCAACAGCAACAGCAGUUAGACAGGGAAAAACCAGUACUUGGUCUUCUAUGUUCCCAAAUGAACAGAUAACAGAACAACAAUCCACUUUAUUUGUUAAAAAACUUUUGGCUGUAGCUGUAUCCAACAUCACUUAUCUGAGAGCUAUGUUUCCAGAACAAGCAUUUGGUGACAGAAGUCUUGAAGAACUAAAUUUGAAAAUUUUGCGAGAUGAUAGUUCUUGCCCAGGAGCAUGUCAAGUAAUAAAGUGGAUGAAAGGUUGUUUUGAUGCCCUUGACAAAAAAUAUCUUGAACGGCUCAUUAUUGGUAUUUACACCAACCCUAAUGACUUGAAUAGUAUCAUUGAAUCAUAUACAUUCAAGUUUUCAUACACACAGAAUGGUAUUGAUAUAUACAGGAAUGGAAAUAAAAUUACUGGAGCAGAGACAGCCACUGAAACUAGAAAAGCAACAAUCCAACUUUUAAGAACUAUCAUUGUUCUUAAUCAGACAUUAAAACCAUUGCCGGAUGAUGUGUGGCUAACUGUCAAACUCUAUUAUCAUGAUGAAGUUACACCACCUGAUUAUGAACCACCAGGUUUCAAAGCUGCUGACUCUGACACCAGCAAAACUAUUUUAGAUAAAACUUCAAAGAAACUUACUGGUGAUAAAGAUGUUGUAUGUUGUCCAUGUGGCUGCAAUGAGGAUGAUGGUUUGAUGAUACUUUGUGCCAAUUGCAACUACUGGCAACAUGCAGUGUGUUUUUGUCUAUUAGAUGAAACCAGUGCACCUUCUACACAUUAUUGUGCAUCAUGUUCUAAGUUGGUUGAUAAACCCUGCACUGAUCCUUCUUUAGUGAAAAUGAGUCUGUCAGAUCAGCAAUCACUUUGUUUGUGGCGCCGUGUUCUUUUGGUCUGCCUUGAAGAAAACAAAUUUACUAUUCAAGGUUUAGCCACGAAAUUAGGAGUGGAGAAUACUGUUGCACAUGGCUUUUUCAACAGGUUGAAAAUGGAAGGUUUUAUAAAUGCAUCAUCAGGAAAAUUAAAACGAAAUAGCAAAAUUGUCAAUGUUGAAAAAUUGCGAGCAGUAGGCAUUCCACUAUAUUUUAAAAAGGUGAAUUCAGAAAUCACAAAGCAAAACACACCCUGUGAAAAAAUGGAGAUAUGUUCAGUAGAUGUAGAAUCAGAUCAAGGCCAGGUCAGUCAAUUAGCAAAACAGACAAAUUCACUUACUUUAUCAAACAGAAAAUGUUUAAAGUCUGAAAUACCAAACAAUAGAACCAAUGUGAUUUCUCUGCAAGCAAAUUCGUGUAGAACAUCCCGGGGUAGAAAAAGAGCAAUUAUUCCAACCUCUACCUCAUGUGAAGACUUUGAAAUAAGUUGCAGUCAAGAAGAGGAAGUCUCAAAAAAACGUAAGAAAAUAAGUUUGGCAUUAAAGUCCAUACUUGUUUAA